AUGAAUUCACACAUAGCUAUUCAACCAGUUCAGAAGUCACCAAUGAACUUUGGUUGGAAAGUAAAAGACAGCGUUCGAUCACAUCACAUGAACGAUCCCCCGGAGAAUGAGAAGAAAAUCUAUAAGGCUUAUGUUGUACAGAACAAUAUCGAGAGGAUGAUGAAGAAAAUUACCAGUUUUGUAUUUCUGAGAAUAUUAUUUGAAGUAGUUCCAACAUCGAGUUUCAGCUCAGCAAAAUACGUGUGGCCAUUGACUGACUCAACUUACACUUAUGAAGUAAAAACAUCGAAAAACGGAGACUACAGUCAAUGCGGCUUCCACUUUGCUGGAGACCACCCUUCGUUUUCUAGAGAUCCGUUACAAUUAAAUGGACACAAUUAUCCAUACAUAGAUAUCGAUAUCGAUGAUGGUAACGAGUUUAAAUCGUUUUCUUUCGCAUUGUCUGUUAAUAUUUCGGGUUCAAAUGGCUGUAUAUUUCAUUUCAAAUCUACAACAACGUCCUCUACCGAUAUUACUGACGUCAGCGUUUGUCUCAGUGGUGGUACACUUACAAUGGAAGUUGCAUCUUCUCUUGGGACAUCAAACGCUAUAUUUGUGCCAUCGCAGGUUCAGGGUCAAUGGAUUAUUGUUCAGGCUGGACGAAACUUUGACAACAGAAAAUUGAAGUUCAUCGUUGAUAAUUUCAUUGAUGAAGUUUCUGAUACACAUAACUCCAAAAUUUUGGGUUUACCUGGAACUCUUCGUAUCGGAGCGAGGCACGACACAACCAUGGCAUUAUCGUUAAGAGUUACUUGCAUCACAAUGUAUGACGUCACAACCAAUACAGGAAGUGAAGUAUAUGAGAUCGAAAAUCAAUGUAAAACAUCACCAUCAGUAUCAGGUAUCCCUGCCUCUCCAUCACCAGGAUGUGAUGUGUUGGACACAACCACCCAACCUUAUCCAAUUUCUAGUUCGGUUGAACCAUUGUCUACUACUUUUAUGCAUUCUACUUCAGUAGACACACAAUUUUCGCAAUGUACCCGGAUAGAUAUCCCCAAUCAACAUUAUGGAUCCUUUAUUCGCACGGUCAAAGACACCAUAUUCAACGAUCCAACCAGCCUAAUAGAAAUCGCCAUUGCAUUCAGCAAGAGAAAGUGUGCCGAGAUGUGCGUCAGGAAUUACCAGUGUUUAUCAUUUUUGUAUAGAAACAUUCAUUCAGGGUCCUCAAUUUGUUCCAUGUACAAAACAUUUACACCAUCCAACCCUGCUCCACAACUGAAUAGUCAUUUGUAUAUUCUAAACUGUAUGUGAAGUGUUCAUCUUUCAACAAAGCACCAACCACUAAUGAUGAAAAUCCACUAAUUAUAAAUGUUACAUUAACAAACAAAAAACAAAAAACCCCACAGAUACAUUUAGCGUAAUACAGUUUCCGUACUUUCCCUUUUAAAAUUUUAUUUUCUUGUUAAAUUCCACAAGUUGUGUAAGAAACGAGAUUAGAUUUGAUUGCAUUGUCCUAUAUAUAACACUUAUUCUGCAUUCAAGAUUUUAAAGACAGAUUUUAUCAAUAGUAAUCCGACAAAAAUAAGACCGAAGCAUAUUGGUUUUAAUAGUAUGCAACAAGUCUGGCGUUCAUUACUCAUUAGUCUGUACUUCUGGUGUUUGUGUUUGUUUUAAGGGGAGACUUCUGGAUGAUAAAACUACACUAUAAUUUAACUUUAAAUGAUGUACAUUUUGUAGCAGGAAAUAUUCUAGUAAUGAAAAUCAGAUUAACAACACUUUAUGAAUUUAUUAUUAGCACAACAAUGAUAAAUACACACUCCUAAAACCUGUAAUGUAAAGCCUACCUUUUACUAGAAAAAAAAACUUCGAAAUCGAAAAAAUAGA